CGUAGUAACCGAGGCACGCCGCUCCCAGACACACUUCUCAGCCAGAGCACCGGCGACUCUGACCGAACAGUCCCGGAGGUGCGUCCCGCUAAUCCCCCUCGCCUGCUAGUUUCUCCGCGCCGCUCCAUUCCGUUCCGCGCCGGGCCGGUCCGAUCGCUUCCCCUUGGAGAACAGUUUAUUCCCUGGAAGCUGGAUGAAUUAUUGGAGAGUUGUGAACAAGUGCGAGAAGAAAGCUGAGGCUCGGGAUCUGCCUCCUCGCUCCGUCCAGAGAAGACAAGACUCAGCCAGAGUUGUGGACGAUAAUGGAGGGGACGUCCCUGUAUCUUCCUAUUGUUAUUUUACUGAUGCAAUGUUCCCCCUCCGCUCCUGUCACCGUGUCGAGCGACAGACACAAGGUGGAGGUGCACGAGUUCUUAGAUGCGGUGCUGUCAUGCACGUUCCGCACAGAGAAAGACCAGAACCCACGCAUCGAGUGGAAGAAGAAGGGCAAAGAUGUUUCCUUCGUGUACUUUGAUGGACACUUCAAAGGCCCCUUUGAGGGCCGGGCGACCAUUGAAGGGGCCACGGUGACGCUGCAAAGGGUGACCCAGGAGGACGCUGGGGAGUACCGCUGUGAGAUCAGUGCUCCUUAUGACUCAGUCAACCUGGGCGAGACCAACGUCACGCUCAAAGUCCUGGUGCCCCCACACACCCCGUCCUGCGAAAUCCCCAGUGGGGCAGUGACGGGCUCCGUGGUGCAGCUGCGCUGUAGGGACCAGCAGAGCAUCCCGCCUGCUACUUACUCCUGGUUCAAGGACAGCAUGCCGAUCAGCCUGCCAUGGCACGCCAACGCCACAUAUCUAAUCAACUCACACACAGGAGUACUCGAGUUCAAAGCUGUAGCCAAAGAGGACACCGGUCGAUACAGCUGCCUGGCUUCCAACGGAGUGGGACCGCCCAAGAUGUGCCAGGGCAAGCACAUGAAGAUAGAGGACGUCAACGUCUCGGCCGUGGUGGCGGCGGUGGUGGUGGUCUUCCUGGUCGUCGUGGUCUGUGGGUGCGGGGGACUCCUCUUGCACCGCAACGGCUUCUUCAGCCCAGGACACAGAGGAAGGUCCAAUGUCAACUACAUCCCUCCGCCCCAAGAGCCGCAGGAUUUCAAACACACCCAGUCAUUCAUGCUCUGAGAAGCUGGCCUUCCUUUGAGAACAUAUCCCCCUCGUGACAAGGUGCCAAACACUGGAUUCUCUGAUUGAUUUUCUCUCUGGACUCUGAAUGAGCUCUUGAUCUUCCAAUACAAUCUUCUUCCUCUACUACUCCUUUUUGGAUGGGAAGAACAUUUGCAAGGCUUCUUACUCUCUUGCUUUGCACUGUGUGGGUCGCCUCAGUCAUUGAUGUUUUCUGCUUUUAUGGGAUUAAGUCCAGUUUCAUGGCGUUCUGCUCCCCCCUGGUGGUCAGAUUGUGAAGUUCCAAUUGAUCCUUUCUGAAUAAUCCAGGGACUAGUACAGCUUUCUACAGACUUUGUUUCUUCGCUCUGCAGGCCAAUCUUUUUAUCUAGCUUUGUUUUUUUAUUUUAUUUUUACCAAAGACCGUUUAAUUUAAGGGUUUGGAUUGCUUUAAAAGAUUGAAUCAUCACAAGGGAAUUCUGCGUAAAGCCAUAGAGGAAGCAUUGUUUUCAAUCUGCUCAAACAUAAAUGCAGUUUACCUCAGCCAAUGUUUUGUCUUCUGUAACACUGGGGCCCCCAGCUUCCCAAGGGCCACAUUGCCACACAAGAUCCUCAUGAUCUUAGUAACAGCAUGAAACCAGACAAAGCCAGUCCAGGAGAACAGGAAGCCACUCCAGCCAAUUAUAUUGAGACCAACCCCAUUCCAUCCUAAUGUGCCUGCAUGGUCUUUUUAUAUAUAUAUAUACAUAUUAUAUAUAUAUAUAUAUAUAUAUAUAUAUAUAUAUAUACCUUGUGCCUUUUUAAUUUGUCAUAUUUAUCUAUGGAUCACACUUUUUUGUAAAGAACUUGCCUUACUUUUUUCUGUCUUUAUAUUUGUGUGCCACUGUUUAUCAAUGUUUAUCGAAAUGAAGAGUGUGUUUUUAGACAGUGUGUGAAUGGAUUGUUCAGAGUUUUAUUUGAAUGGUGUAUCAGUAAUAAAAGGUUUUUCUAUUCAAAACCC